UUCGCUCCAAAGCAACUUGCCCAAAAGCACAUUCACCAAGUACACAUCUACCACUUCCACAUCUCUCCCGCCAAGUUCCUUGUCGAACGAACGAGUUCGCGACGCCACGUGUGCCGAGUUUCGACAGUUUCAACGGAAGAAACCGGUUCAGUGUACCGUGGUUCAAGAGGGAGAGGAAGUACCGGAGAUACAACGCAAAAGGAGGUUAAAGAUGGCUGCCCCCAUCAUGAUCGAGCACGUGUUGCACGACGUGAACAACGAAUUCGAGAACGAGCUCAACGACAAUCUCUACAAUCUCAUGUCGGGAAAUAAGACCGUGAGCAAGAAGAAGCGUAUCCCGAAGACACUGAGGCCGCUCAAGCCGCUGCUGCGGAUGCUGAAGAAGCGUACUAGCAAGUACGUCAGCACCCGGAAGUGUCAGGAGGCAAUGCCCCAAGUGGAGAUCUUCAGCGAAGAGAUCGAGAAUCAGAACAACUCCAAUGAGGCGCUGGAGCGCAGGCUCUUGGAGGAGCUGCGGGAUGCUGAGGAAGGUGCCGCCAUCACCGUCUGUCUGGACGGACAGAUGACUGUCGUGCCGGUUGUGCCUGGUCAGUGCUACGUGCCGGUGCAUUUCGCUCACACCCACGCCGGCGACUUCUACUGGACAACCCUGAGCAUGGCCGACAGAGAUCUAUGCUACAAGGAGCGCGCCUUCUCGCAGCAUCAGUUGCCGGAGGUGCAAGCGGCGUAAGAUGCCGCCGCUGUCAUUGAGGACAACCACAUCUACCUCAAGGCGAAUCGUCCGAGGACUGGUUAUUCAAGAUUCGCUGAACUGUCUACUGCGUCCAGGAAACGUUCACAUCAACUGCGUCCUCAGAUUUAAGGACUUCAGUAGCUGUCAAGAUGUAACAAGAGGGUUAGAUAAGACACUUCAAAACUGUGAUUGUUAGAUUUAGAUUUGAUUUUAAUUUGUCAACUAAUCAAAAUUGACACAUGCCUCCUAGACGUAAUGAAAGUCAAUGACUUGAAGAAAGACGUGUCAUAUUUUUUUCUCUUUUUAUUAUAUUAUUGCGACACAUACACAGACACACACAUACAUUAGUCGCACGUUUUUGUGAUAUAUUUGUACCUUAUAUAUAUACACAGAUUUUAGUAUUAUUUCGAUAUUGUGAUAUCGGCUUUAACGUCAGCAAGCAGCGCUGACACUUUCCUACAUGUCUUCCAAUAUGUUUGUUUUGAAAUAAAUGUUACUAAUAAGCAAAUA